AUGCCAAUAAAUAUUCUGAAUCUACCUGAUGAUAUCUUGAUCCAAAUUAUGCAAAGUUUAGAUGUCAAAACGAUACUCCUUCUCCGAAGAAUAUGCAGAAAACUCUUGAAUUUUGUUGAUGAAGUGAAACCAGAAAUUCGAUUAAAAUCAAUCUCUAUUUCAAUUCAUCCGGAUAAGAUAUCUGUUAUCUAUAGACCAGAUCAAGGAAUGUAUGCUAUCGAGUACCUCAACCGUACAUAUCAACGCGUUGUGACACGUGGAAAAGGUCUUAUUUUUAUAAAUUAUGACUAUUCGAAUGAUGGGAAGAUUCUCAAUAACGAAAACUACGUUGAGACUUUUCUGAGAGACUUUGAGAUGAUUUUGAAGUUACAGAAAACAGUUUUGAAGAAUUUUGAAUUGAAAUGGAUGUCUCACGAGGAGGAGGAAAAGGAAAAAUGUCAAAAUCUUAUUGAGAAACUGAAGAAGAUUUUGGAGCCGUAUCAGAAAGUUUUAGCAUGUGAUGUUAUGAAACUAAAUGUUUGUUGA